UGUGAAUCUCACAUGCCAACGCCAAGGAAAACCAACGUGCCGCCGCCUGCCCAUCGAGGAGAACUUCUCCCGUGCGCUUCAAAGGAGCUGCCAUGCCAUGGCAGAGGACCUGUCUGUCGUCACAUCGCGAAGUCGUCUUGCUCUCAUGUUUAUCCAGCCACACGAUGGAUGCCACGAGUUGCGGCAUUUCCCGUUCGUCUUGGAAACCCAUCCUGGUAGACUACUUCAGCAGGCAGUAAGUUGAGGGUGCGCACUCCCCGUUAUGCAGCAUGGAGACGAAGGGGCGACCAAUAGGCCAGGAAGUGGGUGGGUGUCAAGGGUCUUCCACGAAGCACAGCGUAGCCUGGCUGCAGGUGGCGCCCAUCACAAGAAAGGAAUUCGUUGGCGUGUUUGUUGGUCUGCGCACGACACAUUCCUCCGUCUCAACGAGAUAUCGCCACCCAACCACCACAUCGCCCCAUCCACUACCACAAGGUUCUCUCGACAUGAACUGCGCCCUUCCCCACCAUCGCCAUGCAGCCAUCGACAUCAACACUCGAUACAUGAUAAAAGUAGUCGCAUGCACCACUGAAGCUCCGUGCCCUGAUACACCGCGACCAUCGGGGAAUAGCACGUGGACACCGCGGCGUGCCAUUGCUCCUUGGUUUCUGGGUGUUCGCCGUUCGCUCAUGACUUUGUCAUAUAUUCCCCUAAAUAAUGCAAAAAUCACUGCAACAAUACAAAAAUGACUCUGCUUUGUGAUGGUUUUCCUGCGGCUGCCGAGGCCACGGCGCCGUCGUACAGCUCCAACGGAUAUGUGCUCUGGCGUCCGUUCUUGAGUUCGAAUGGGCUUGCGUUCCUCCGGCAUCAAGUUGACCGCGUCUUGGCUCGGACGCACGCAUCCGUGUCCACCGAAUGGAUCAUGAAUGUUCAUUUGCUCGGGGAAUCGUGGCUGCUCGAUCUCGCGAUGGAAAAGCACUUGCUGGAUGCUGUCCAAAGAUUUUGCGGGCCUGACAUCACGCUGCUGCAGACGCAUUUGUUCUGUAAACCCCAAGGCUGUGCGCCAACACCCUGGCAUCAAGACGGUUCCUCGGACGUGGACAUAGCGUUAGCCACCGUCUGGAUAACCCUGGACGACCUCGUCGCUCCGUUCUCGGGCGCUCUCGUUGUCCUGCCAGGCCAGCACCAGCUCACCCUUUUGCCAAGCGAAGCCAGCGACCAUAUUCAGUUUGACCGCGUCCUUUCUUCCGCUUUCGUCGACCAGCACAAGUCGUUCCGCUACGGCCUCCAUGCUGGAGAAGCGGCUGUGCACCAUCAAUGGCUCCCCCACGCUUCGGAAGGAAACACAACUCUGCCGUACCGCCGAGUCAUUGUGCUGCGGUACAUCGCGACGUCCGUUCUGGAAACGGAAGCGGUGGCGCUCUGGCGAGUCUGCCCAGGUUGACAACGGCGGGCCUCCAUGGCGAAGCGAUGCAAGAGUUGAACAGUACUGUAGGCGGCUCGUUGGUCCGGGUGGCACAACAGGAUGGCGACAGCAACGAAAGGGAGCUCUAUCCCGACUUCCGCACGGUCAACAAGUACUUCGAAGGGCGCCACGUGUGCAUGCGUGGAAGGUUUGUAGAUGCCGUGUGCGAGUCGAAAGCUCGUUAGAAUUGUCAGCUUGUUCCGCUGUGGUUGGCCAUGUCGGUAUGUCUAUAUGGUCUAGCGUAAAUUAGGACUGGAGUGGCUAGCCAGCGGGCUGCACCCGACUCGCA